AUGUCUGGAGGAAGAAUUUCAGGCUCAAGAUAUAGAAAUCAUAUCAUAACUGUUAAUCCUGGAGAGGAUGCAUCCGCGAAGAUUCUAUCUUUUUCUCUACAAAGUGGUGAAGCUAUAUGUAUCAAUUCUGCUUAUGGUGUAAUUUCGAGCGUCAAGAUUCUACCAACUGCUUCAACUGGAGAAACAAUUACAUAUGAGGGUCAUUUCGAGAUAUUAAGCUUGUCCGGUUCUCUUGUUCCCAUCACCAACGGGGGAGAAUAUGAGCAAUCGGGUGGCAUCAACAUUACGUUCUCAAGACCAAAUGGGCAUUUGUGCGGUGGCGCCGUCGCUGGAGUAAUAAGAGCCGCCACUGCAGUCAAGUUUUGUGUUAGGGAACCAGCCUUAGUACAUCAAUGGGAGGGCCCGGGUACAGAGCCUACUAGAAAGAUUGGGAUUGAACUAAGGAGAUGUUUCAAAAAGUCCUCCAUCACGUGGUUGUGA